ACGGCUGGCUGUCAUUUGGAAUGAGUUGAGAGAGAGGACGCGCGACGCCGAUCAAACAAGAACCAACUGGAAUAUACUACGAGCCUAUCUGCUAAGAAGAUAACGGGAAUCUAAUUUGUAAUUGUCAAAUCAACACUGCAUGGUUUAUGGAAAGUUAAAACUGGAGCAUGAAGAACAUACCUACAAUUAUGUUAAUUUUCCCGGCUUUGGAAGUACUGCUGGUCUUAUGUCCAGGUCUAUUUGAAGCAGUGCCUUUUGGUAACGCAAGCGCUCCUGCUGGCACGGAUCACAAUGUUGCUGUUACGAGCCUCAUGGAUAUGUUAAAUAUCACUGCAACAAUUGACAACAGUCUACCAGAGGGUGGACUAACCCUUCUCAAAACGGUAGCCCCCACGCCGGUUUCUACUUCUGCAACUACCACAGCUCAACCAACAAGGAUAGACAUGGCAACACCAACAAAAACGACAGCAACCGGAGCCACGCAGACACCCCUGCCACCACCAAGAACGAUGGAAACAAAAACCGAAGCUACUGCAACACAAGCCACAACAACGACGAACAUGGUGGAAACAACUUCCAGCACCAGCAAAGAACUAUCUACAACAAUACUCAGCACUGCUGGAACAGUUGCGGCUGCAACCCUAAUGACAACCGGGUCCGCCACCGCUGCGAUGCCUUUCAACAGAACGGGAACACCACCUGCCACUGACUUCACCGUGCAGCCAGGCAGCCAAGCAGACUACACAUGUAACUGCAGCAGCACGGGGAGCCCCAGCUUGGAUCAGUGUAACGAGACAACAGGUCAGUGCGAGUGUUACCCUGGAUACACCGGCCUGCAGUGCACGGACUGCGAGGAGGGCUAUUUCACAAAUGGAACCGGAGAGGUGUGCAUGCCAUGUGGAUGUGAUACUACAGGAGCACUCCAUUCACUUUGUGACAGCUCUGGUAUUUGCACAUGCAAAAAGGGAGUUUACGGUUCCAAGUGUGAUGAGUGCCAGCCUGGCUAUUUCCGAUUCAGUGACACUGGAUGUCAACCAUGUCAAUGCAACAAUCACUCAAGUUCCUGUCUGCCUCAGUCAGGCACCUGUCUGAACUGCCAAGGCAGCACAGAAGGACACCUCUGUGAAAAAUGCAAAUAUAAUUUCUACAGGCCCAGUGCUGCCCUUACAGACAGCUGUGAGCCCUGUCCCUGUUCCACGGUGAUGUCCACAGGGAGCUGUCACAUUGACACCAAUGGACAGCCUGUGUGCGACCAGUGCCUGCUUCAGUACAGAGGACCUCACUGUGACAAGUGCAAGGAUGGGUAUUACAACUCAGACAGCAUCUGCAUGCUGUGUGAAUGCAAUGGGAAUGAGGACCCCAGGACAUCACCACGCAUCUGUGACCCUGACACUGGCCAGUGCCUGAACUGUUCCAAUAACACUGCUGGCAAGCACUGCGAGAAAUGUGUGGAGGGAUACGGCGGAGAGGACUGCAGUAAAAACUUAAUCCCAACCACUGUUCCUCCGACAACACAAACCCCCACAACACUGUCAACCACCACCAUGUCGACCGUGACAACUACCAACCUGACCACGCUGCUGACCAGCCCCACCACCCACGCCGUCCUGCCCACUCUGACCAGUGCCAGCGAGAACGCCACUGUCAGCGAGGUGUCCUGGACCCAGUUCAACAUCAUCAUCCUGGCGGUCAUCAUUGUGCUGGUGGCAGUGCUCAUGGGCUUUGUGGGGGGCGUCUACAUGUACCGCGAAUACCAGAACCGCAAACUCAAUGCCCCCUUCUGGACCAUUGAACUCAAAGAGGACAACAUCAGCUUCAGCAGCUACCACGACAGCAUCCCCAAUGCAGAUCUGUCAGGUUUGCUAGAGGACCAAGCGAAUGAAGUGGCACCAAAUGGACAACUAUCCUUGAGUACUCCUAUAAACAUGUAUAAUGCUUAAACCCCAUUCAAAAUAGACUUUAUGAAAGUAGACCAGCAUUAUUUUUAUUUUUUUUUAAUGUUCGAUUAUAAACGGGACUGGACAUCUUGUUUAAGGGAUGAAAUGUGUUUCCUGAGGACUACAAGGGAACUGACGUGUUAAGAAGAACUCCCUAAAAUUGACUGACGCAGAGACUGUUCUGUAGUAGCACUGAACGGGAAGGUAGUUGGAAACUGUGGUGCAAAAAGUGGGCUUUACCUCACCUUCAUAAAACUGGAUAUAACGCAGAAGAUCAGGUCUCCUGUCUAUUGCCACAAAAUAUUACAACCAGUGGUCCUCAAAAAUAAGUGACUGAAUUCUCCAUAAAAUUGCCCAGGUAAUGUUGGAACCCUUAUUUUCCAAGGGAACACAUAAGGCAGAGAUGCAGCUGGUCGGACAAUUGUUAAAGCAGCCUUGCGUUUGCAAGUACAAAAAAAAAAAAACUUGGGAUAACUGCUCAAAAAAUAUAAUUUCUUUGCAGAUGUUGACCACAGAACAGUUGCUGAUAUAAAAAACAAGCACUGCACAAAGAUUUUAUACAAAAUAAUAAAAAAGGACCAAUAAUGAAUAUUAUUUAAUUAACGGGGAACCUGUAUGAACCUACAAUAAGGGCGUUGGCAAUAAAGAGUUUCAGAAAAACAAAUCAAUGGCAUACAAUUGAUACAGUGUAUACUGCAUGUUGGGACUGUCUUAACCAUGUCAUUGCUUUUGUGUUUUAAGAAAGGCAUAAUGUGUCUGUUCAUAAGAUUGUACAGAAGAGGGCAGUAUUGCUAAGGGCUGGGACCAUUAUUAUGUGGUGUUCUGUAUCUGUCUAUUAUUGCUAUACAUACUAAAUGUCAUGAAGGAGGGAUGAACUGCAGACAGCUAGGUAGCUCAGUGUGAUAAAAGUUGCACAGAGAGCAACACACUUGGAUUCACAUCCAGAAUCUGAAACAUUUUUAUGCUGUUCUUUCUGAUAAUAUAAUUAUCAUAAUCUAGAAUAUUUUCCCCAAAUCAGAGUUUUCCAAAGCUUCCUAAUCUGUUACUUUGCUUAGGAACAUUAUGUUUGUUACUUGCUGUUACUUUGAUCUAUUCCCAGAGAGGUAAACUGCAUGUGUAUCUGUGUCCUUGUGUGAUACAAAGUGUUUUAAGGUGGAAAGGCCCUAUAAAACAUUGUGUAGUAAAAUCUUCCUUUUUAGCA